AUCCGACAGCACACGCUUUCAGUCGCACUCCAAGCUCCUUAAAAUGGCAUUCAAGUUCGUCGCCCUCUUCGCCCUGGUAGCCGCCGCCAGCGCUGGCAUUCUUCCCGCAGCACAGGUCUACCAUGCGGCACCCGCCGUGGCCACCUACGCCGCCCCGAGUGCCGUGGUCAAGACAAUCGCACCUGUGGCCCAACACGUGAUCACGAAGGCUGCCGAGGAAUACGAUCCCCAUCCUCAGUACAAGUACGCCUACGAUGUGCAAGAUGCCCUCUCCGGCGACUCCAAGAGCCAGGUGGAGGAGCGCGAUGGUGAUGUGGUCCGUGGCGAGUACUCGCUGGUGGAUGCCGAUGGCUACAAGCGCACUGUCCAGUACACCGCUGAUCCCAUCAACGGCUUCAACGCUGUGGUCAACCGCGAGCCCCUCGUCAAGGCCGUCGCCGUUGCUCCUGUUGUGAAGACCAUUGCCGCUGCUCCAGUUGCUCACUAUGCUGCUCCAGCUGUUGCGCACUAUGCUGCCCCAGCUGUGCUCAAGACUGUCGCCCCCGCUUACUCCACCUAUGCUGCCCCUGCUCCGGUUGCCCACUAUGGCCCAGCUGUUGCCUACCAUCAUUAA